UGACGACAGCAUUCACAUUCGUAAGUUCAUAACUGAAACCAAAAGUCUCAUAUGCAUUAUAACCUUUCAACGCACCACACUGACUUUUCGAGGCUGAAUCAGGUUGAGAGCAGACUUGAGUGAAACCAUGCAGAGAGAGACUCUGACGAUCAUUCUCCUUUUACUCUGUGCUGGGCUUCCAGGUGACUGUGGAGUAAUCGAGUUUCCAGCACUCCAUUCUGAUAUAACUGCCUGUAUGAAAAUGACAUGUGCCAGGAGUAUCAAUGCCUGUGUGGACACACAUGGACAGGCCCCCACAGAACAACUCAAAGGUUGUGUUGUCCACAAAUGUAGGAAAAUCACCAACCGCUGUGUAGAUCAGUUCUUCCAACAGUAUCUACCCCUGUUAUUGGCAAAAAAUCCAAAAGUUGCCUCAAUUGUUGAACCAAAUACCGAGCUUUUCAUGGCUGAAAUGACAGAUGCUUAUCUUGAAUGCUGGCUCGAGACGACAGACUCCGAAGUCGGAGGUUGUCAUAUGGGCAGGCUCAUUGAUAAGGCACAGCCGUUUAUUACCUCGUUCUUUGCAUUGAUCUUUGAUGAUCCAGUUGCUGUGAGCUGUUGGCUCUACCAUACUUUGAAAGGAAUGGUAAGCUGCUCUGGUCAGCUAGAUGACAACUACAUCAAGGAACUGAAAAAAAGGGCAGAGAGAGAGAUGAAAGACAACAUGUUACGUUAUAUGACAUGCAUGAGCAAACCCAUUCCAAACUGGAACUGGUGUAAAGGUCUCUUCGAUGAUCUUUUUGCUUCAUCACCAAAGAGGAAACGACAGUACAAAGACUUCUUCAUCUGUUCAAUCCACGGUGGGAUUACUGCAACAGCGAAAUGCUAAAACUUGUUUUACGAGGGUAAUGUUGGGCAUUUGCAGGUUUCCAAAGCAACAGGUGACCAGUGGAAACACGACAAAAAAAAAAAAAAGAAUAACGUAUUUUGAAUGAAUCAUCCACAAACACAAGAGUUUGAUUAUACUUUGAAAAUCAUUAUUUUGUUUUAUCUUUAACAUUUUGAAACUAUUAUAUGUAAAGCACUAAUACUGUCUUUUAUUACAUAGACAAUGAAUAAACAUAUAAAUCACAAUUAAAUGUUCAACUUUGGAUACAAAACACACAUUGGAUUGUUUUUCACUCCACAACUGUCACACCCUGACCAUAGUUUAUUUGUAUGUUUCUAUGUUUUGGUUGGUCAGGGUGUGAUCUGAGUGGGCAUUCUAUGUUGGAUGUCUUGUUUGUCUAUUUCUAUGUCUGGCCUGAUAUGGUUCUCAAUCAGAGGCAGGUGUUAGUCAUUGUCUCUGAUUGGGAACCAUAUUUAGGUAGCCUGGGUUUCACUGUGCGUUUGUGGGUGAUUGUUCCUGUCUUUGUGGCACCAGAUAGGACUGUUUUGGUUUUUGCACGUUUCUUGUUUUGUAGUGUUUGUGUUUUAGUUGUUUUAUUAAAACAUGAAUCUCAAUAGCCA